AUGUAUACUUUUCUUUCAGCAAUGGCAACGCAAGCAGGAACCGCUGCCGCUCCUCGUUUAAGUCCCCAAGUGAUUUGCUCUGUAUUUGUUGAGCAAUAUUACCAUAUCCUGCACGAGACACCAGACCAGGCGCAUAAGUUUUAUCAAGACACAAGUAGGAUUGGCCGGACAGGUUCUGAUGGUGUCAUGGAAUACGUAACAACAUUGCCUGAGAUCAGCAAGAAAAUUAUGGCCAUGGACUUCAGCAAAUACUUGACAGAGAUAGAGACUGCAGAUGCAGUGUUAUCCCACAAUGGUGGUGUUCUCAUUGUUGUUACUGGAUCAUUAACCAUGGUUGAUGACUUCUGCCAACGAUUUACACAGUCGUUCUUCCUGGCGCCACAAGAUGGUGGUGGCUAUUUUGUUCUCAAUGAUAUUUUUAGGUUGAUAACACAAAGGAAUCUAGAAAACGGAAGAACUCAGAAGGAUGAGCCUGUUGCUCAAUCAGUAGCAGAUCCUGCUCCAGCUGUGGUGGUGGAGCGUUCGACUACUGACCUUGUUGCCGACGUGGAUGUUCGGAAUCCCACUGUUAAUGGCACAACUGUUCAAAGUAACCUGACUGCUAAUGGAGCUGUUGAAAAUAAGGUUGAGCCACCUGUGAAGGUGACCAAAGAGGUUCCCAAAAAGACCUCUGUUGCUGUUCCCCCCUCUCCUCCUGCCCAGAAGGAUAACCCUCCUCCAGCUCAGAAGGAUAUUCCAAAAAAGACCCCUGUUGCUGCUUCUCCCCCUCCUCCUUCUCCAGCUCAGAAGGAUGUCACUAAGAAGACUUAUGCAUCAAUUGUGAAAGUCAUGAAGGAGGGCCCACCAACUCCAGUUGUCAAACCUAAGCCAUCUCCUAAACCUGCGACCAAGCCUCCGACCAAGGCUGUUGAAGGUUCAGAAAAAUCUUCUGUAAAGCCUUCGCAGGCUGCUGAAGGCACUCCAUCGGGCACGAGUGUUGGCAAGAAUAAAACUUCUCAUGAUGAACAAGGCUUUUCGAUUUUCAUCAAGGGUUUGCCUUACAAUUCGACUGUCCCAAUGGUUGAAGAAGAGUUCAAGAAAUUUGGUACGAUCAAGCCAGACGGCAUCCAAGUUAGGAACAACAAGAUUGAUCAGUACUGCUUUGGCUUUGUUGAAUUUGAAUCCCAGCAAUCUAUGCAAGCAGCAAUUCAGGCAUCUCCACUUUAUAUUGGCGACACUGAAGUGGGCAUUGAGCAGAAACGAACCAGUACGAGAGUUGUGAAUGGUGUUGUCAUGAAUGCUGGCGGAGGUGGCCGUUUCCAAUACGGGAGGGGUCACCGUGGUGACAACUUCAGGGGGCGGGGAGGUGGCUACAUGAACAGUGCGAGCUACCGUGGCGGCGAUAACUUCAACAGGAGGGACGACGGUGAGGACUUCAGCAGGAGGGACGACGGCGACAACUUCAACAGGAGGAACGACGGCAGUGAAAACUUCAACAGGAGGAACGACUUCCGAAACCGCAACGAGUUUUCAGGCCGCGGGCGAGGGCCGCCGCACCAGGGGAACGGCUAUCACCACCACAAUGGGAACGGCUUCCACCAGCCGCGGCCCUUCCAGAACGAGAACGGGACCGGGAGGUACACCCGCGUCAACAACGGCACGAAGCAGACACCGGUUGCUGCUGCAUAG